AAACCCGAGCAGCUGAGAAUGUCAUGAUCGUCAUUUUGAUUGCAUUAGGGCUAUUAGAGCUUUUCCCAUACCUGGUCGCAAUCCCCCGACGAGGCAACGAACCCUGGUCUUUGAUUCUCUGCAAGUUCAAGGACAGUGAUUUUGAACCGCGAUCGGCAGAGUGGUUCGAGGAAUGGAUCUCUGGCGGAAAUAAUCCAGAUACCAUUGAGAGUUACUUCUCCUCAGUUUCCAAUGCGGUUUAUACCAUAAAAGGAUCAAACGUCACAAAAUGGCUUCGACUUCCUUGGACGCGCCGCGAAGUUCUCCGAAUGGCCGUCAUGGAUCCACGUUUGCAGUCUGAAAGGGAGCGUCCUUUUGCUGUAAAUGAUGAUACUACUCAUUUUCUACAGAUGUUUGAUAAAGCGAAACAACUUUGCAUCUCAUUCGCUGAACAGAACGGUUACUUUCUCAAUAAGCAAAAAAUCACUAUUCUAAAUAUGGAGAACACAGCAGUAUACGGGAAGGAUACAGGAGUUCUGCUAACGCCAAAGCUCAUAUUCUCUUCAGUACUAACACAUGAAAUGAUUCACAGCAUGAACAUUGGGCAUUCUUACAGCGAUCGUAAAAUA